UCUUAGCUCACCACGCCCACAACGGUGGCCACGUCUACGCGUCACGGCACUGUGGUAGUGACGUCACACGCUCGCGAGACUCGGAAUGUCCGGCAGAAGCCAGGCAGCUGGACCCUAAUGGGCUUGCGGGAUGUUUAAACAGCUGGCCGGGACUGCGUGCUGUGCAGAGCAAAUUGGGGCUGAGCCAGGAGAAGCGGGACUACUGGGCGGUCCAGCAUGGUGGCCAGUGCGGGUGAGCGUGGAUUAAAGAGACAUCUGGAUACAUAAGACUUUCUAUUAAUUGCUAAACGUGGUGUCUGGAUUUGUGUUGCCCCUGCUCCCUAACAAAGUGACAUUGGAUAGAACACCCCAGAUGAUGGCUUUCACUCUCCAGCCACCCCCCGUGCCCUCCUCAUUCCUUCCUUGGCUUUAGUUUCUUUGGCAGCUGUGUUACCUGACUCCCAGGUGGCUGUGUAAGAAGGGCACGGGCAAUUCUAUAUUACUGUGUCUUCUUCCAGACUCUUAUUGCCCCACUGACACACAGCCAAAAUGUUCACUGCCCUGAAGAAACUGGUGGGGUCCGACGCUUCCGUAGGCAGGGACAAGAAUAUCCCGGCCGGGCUGCAGUCCAUGAACCAGACGCUCCAGAGGAGGUUUGCUAAGGGAGUGCAGUAUAACAUGAAAAUAGUGAUCCGUGGUGACCGGAACACCGGCAAGACCACUCUCUGGCACCGGCUGCAGGGGAAGAAGUUUGUGGAGGAAUAUAUCCCCACUCAGGAGAUUCAGGUCACCAGCAUCCACUGGAACUACAAAACCACUGAUGAUAUAGUGAAGGUUGAAGUCUGGGAUGUGGUUGACAAAGGCAAGUGUAAGAAGAGGGGCGAGAGCUCCCUGAAACUGGAGAAUGAUCCACAAGAGGACGCUGAUAUGGCUCUGGAUGCAGAGUUCCUUGACGUGUACAAGAAUUGCAAUGGAGUUAUUAUGAUGUUUGACAUCACCAAGCAGUGGACGUUUACAUACAUUAUGCGGGAACUGCCUAAAGUCCCCAGCGAUGUGCCGGUGUGUGUGCUUGGCAAUUACCGUGACAUGGGGGAGCACCGGGUUAUCUUGCCUGAUGAUGUCCGGGAGUGCAUUCAGAAUCUGAACAGACGCCCCGGUUCCUCCUACAUUCGCUAUGCUGAGUCUUCCAUGAAGAACAGCUUUGGGCUGAAAUAUUUGCACAAAUUCUUUAAUAUUCCUUUCCUGCAGCUUCAGAGAGAGACCUUGUUACGGCAGUUGGAGACCAACCAGCUGGAUAUUGACGCCACGCUAGAGGAGCUGUCUGUGCAGCAGGAGACCGAGGAUCAGAAUUAUGAGAUCUUCCUGGAAAUGUUAGAAACGAACAAGCAGCAGGCUUCCCCAGUUGCCACAAACGGCCAGAGCCCUGCCUCCGGCUCACAGUCUCCAGUAAUGGCCAUGAACUCGGCAUCACCAGACUGUUCUAGUCCGGGCACACCUCUGCAGCUCCCUUCUGUCAUACCGGCUAGUCCUCCUCUGGGGGCUUCCCCACCCCCUCCUAUGCCCGACCUACCUGAGUCUGCUGCCUCUCCUAAUUUUUCUGUGACUUCUCCUCAAACCCAAGCACCUCCACAGAAACGGGGGUUCAUAUCGCGGCUUUUUGGUUCAGCCACACCUGAGACUCCUCCAGCAAGAACAGACAGUGUAAGCUCUGCAGAGCAGAUGGGGAAGGUUCAGAGCGUGGAGGAUUUUGUCCCUGACGAGAGCUUGGACCGAAGUUUCCUGGAGGACAGUGGGGCACACAGAGAGCAAGGGAGAGCAUCUCCCAGGGAACAGAAGGACAGCGAUAGUGACGGGGAAGCACCCAGUACAAACCCAAUGGUUGCAGCAUUCCAGGAUGACUUAGAUCCAGAUGACCGGGUGGGAAUUAAACCCAGCGCUGCUCUGGUGGUCCCCAGCAAGAAUAUUACCCUGUCAAGUGACGAGGAGGGGCCCAAUCACACAGUACUUAUUACAGCCGACGAGGAUAUUGACUCAGAGCCAGAAACAUGGAAACCCCAGCAGAAAGCUGUUUCUCAGAGUCGUUCCCAGAAGAACACCCCGUCUGAUCAGUUGAUUUCCGGUGCGGCUCAAUCCACUGGCAAAGCGACACGGGGAAAGCCAAGCACCAAGGAGCAGUCUGACAGUGACCAGGAGGAGCCCAUUGCCAACCAGAUGCUUUCUUUUGUCAUAGACGAUCCAGAUUUUGACAGCGAAGAUUCAAGUCGUGUCCCCAAGAGACCGGAUGUGCUCCCAGCCCUAAACCACUUGUCUGACAGCUCCAGUGAAGAUGCUGCUCCAUCUCUGCCCACGGAGGUGACCAAACCUGUUCCAGCCUUUAAAGCCAGAAAGGACAAUGACCUCUUUGGUCUGGGCUUUGAGGAGAAAGGCACAAAGGAGAACAAUGAGGAAGAUAAAGACAGCAAAGGUUCUAAAGAGAAGAAGAAGAAAAAGAAGAAAACAGUAAAGGAGACUUUGUCCUGUCAGGCUCCAGAAGAAGAGAAAGAAGCGAAGAAGAAGAGCAGACACAAGAAGGGCAAAGAGAAGGAGGAUGGCAAGGAAGACAAGAAGAAGAAGCCCAAGAAGAAGAAGGAUGAGUUUGAUGAGCUGGAAGCCUUUUUGGGAGGGGGGGCUCCGAGCCGGCCACGCUCAGGGGAAGAGUACGAGGAGCUUUAAAUGCUAUUGGAGCCCACCUCUUGUGCUUUCUCUUCCCUCUCUAUGGACUCUGAUAUCUGCUUCCCUCAUCAGAUGUCCAAACAGGGUGCAGCGCAUUGAUCCUGGAGUGAAUAAUCAAGUUUGUGUGUUCACUACCUUCUGCACCAGGGGUCCAAACGCACAGCAGCGGUGGUGGAAGCAGCAGGGAUCUUGCAGAAGUGAAGGGGUUAAAGUGGAGGUUCUUGUUUUAACCAACAAAUCCCCCCCCCCCCCCAAAAAAAAACUCUGAUACGGGCUUCAACCUUACACUCCGUCUAACCCAUGGACAGCCUUGGUUCUGAGGGACAUGGACUUUAUGGUUCUGACACCCUGUACUAAGAAAGUGGGUUCCUUCUCAGGAGGAGCACGGGGUGAACUAGAAACCAUUACCAGCUACUGCACUUCUGUCCCUCGGCCAGAUGGAGGCGCCUCCUGCAAUCGCAUAGCAACUGCUGUUUUUACUUCAUCCUCCUCUGUUUUUUCCUUGAUGUGUUUCCUAAUGUUGGCGGUGACCCCCUUAUCUGUGUUAAUUUUAUUUAACCCCCAAGAUAUACUGUGUCUUGUGACAAUUAUGGUGGCCAUUCUGUUGCCAAAGUCCUUGCUCAGCUGGCUUUCUUCCCAUCAUUGUCUCCAGGAGCACAUUGUUCGGUAGAGAGCUUGCCUUACUUUACCUUUUAAUAUUACCCAGUAUUCCAAGGGGUGAUGUGAUCUACACUGCAGUGUUUGUACCAGGUUUAGUAACCUGUAGCAACCAAUCACAAGGUAGCAUUCAGUGGUCAACUAUCUGAUUGGUUGCUAUGGGAUAGUAAACCUGAAGCAAACUGUGGAUUAUUUCCAUUAGACGUUCAUGUAAAUGAGCCCCUAGGCUUUGAUCAGCAGUUUUUCAGGUUCCCAUAUUAUUGAGCCACAUGGGCCUUUUUGUGAGUUGAAUUGUGCUGUUCCAGCAAAAGGGGGUGGGGGGUGAUACCAGAUCCAAUAUGAUUGACCAGGUUUGUUUGCUUGUAUUAUUCCUGUAGUGUUUAAAAGGUGCUUUAUGUGGCAGGGCCAUGCAUGGUGAGCACCCCUGAGACUGUUGCUGAUCAGAUACAUCAUUCCAGUUCUAUUUAUCUUCAUUUUGAUUCCGUGAUUUUUCCACUCAACUGGAUUGGUCUACCCCCGACCCCAGUGCUUUCCUGCAGCGCCAUAUACCCCCCCCCCCCCUGGAGGGUACCUCUGUACACCACCUGAGUGCAUUUAGUGCUCAGUUGCACAUGCUCAAUAAAAGGCAUUUCCCAUCUGUUGUACUGCUUAAAAAAAAAAGGAAUAGCUAAAUAAACCUUCCCCCAGACUUUGGCAACAUGCUGCUUGUGUGCUGAGCCCCACAUGUUUGGUAAUGUGUUGGUAUGCAGGCCCUAAAUUCCCUCCCUUAUUUCAGGCCAGUAGUGCAAAAAAUUAAUAUGGUGCUGCAGCCUCUUGCUCCAUAAAUAAACAGUUAAUCUCUCUUUGUAAUGACACUUGUGUUCUGAGCCAUUCACUGCAGGGGUGCUGUUAUCUGACUCUGGAACAGAACCGCGUGCUGUAAUCCAGUUUGAUUUGAUUGAUACCCAACUAAUAGCCACCAUAAGUGCAAUUGGAUCGCUGGCUUUGGCCGUGCACUCGCAUAACGCACACACUACAUGGGCUCUGCUAAUACUGUUAGAUUGUCACACCCACACUUGGAUUUCAUUGGAUAAAAUAAAAUGCUGUUUCAUUUUGUGGAA